CGACUAGAUGUCUGAUGAACACACUUAACAGUAAACUACUGAAUACAUAUUUUUCGUUUAAUUUACUAUUCGCUGUCAAUCACUAAUCUAUUACAUUUUCCUUGUGAUUUAAAACGGAAUUUCUAUUCACCUAGAUGAGAUCGACAAGAUCUUCAAAGCAACAUAAACUUCUUGGAGACUUUAUGAACGUUCCAGUUGAUGCACUCUUACGUUUGUCAUGGAUAAUAAUAUUACUACCAAAAUUCUUCCAUUCACAAGCUCAUGCAAAAGUCACUAUUGACGAUGAUACUGGUUACUUUGUUGAUUCACGAGGAUUUAUUAAAUUAUUUCAUGGAAUCAACUGUGUGCACAAAUUCGCACCAUUUUACUUUCCACAACUACUUGACCCUCACUUAUUCAGAGUACUUAGAGAUUGGGGAAUUAAUGUUAUACGCUUAGAAUUCAACUGGGUUGCAUUAAAACCACAGGAAGAUGAAGUCAGUCAACACUACUUGGAUAUCAUUGAAAGGAUUAUCGACAAUGCUGGAUUAUAUGGAAUUUAUAUCAUCAUUGAUUUGCAUCAAGAUGGGUUAUCGAGACGUCUAGGUGCAAUUGAUGCUGUGCCUAAUUGGCUUAUGGAUAAAAUAAAGCGACCACCAUAUUUAUUCCAAUACCCUUGGCCACUAAAGAAAGAUCCAGGUAAAAAUAACUGGUUUCUAACCUACGUCACAUAUGAGAGUGGACAUGUAUUUGAAAGUAUAUAUAAAAAUGUUUCAGGAAUAUGGAAUUAUUUUGCAGAAUAUUGGAGGAUAACAACUAGUCGUUUCGGGAAGAAAGAUAAUGUUUUAGGUUAUAAUUUGAUAAAUGAACCGGCACCUGGAAAUGUUUAUAAAAAUCCAUUCCUUCUUUUGCCUAAUAAUGCAGGUCCCAAUCUCUUAUCAUUUUAUGAUUAUUUGGUGAAUGUUAUUCGCCAAACAGACAAGAAUACAUUGAUAUUUUACGAGAGUGUAACUUAUGGAAUAUAUUUUCCAUUUGUUAAUGGAAUACCUGGUACUGGUAUCCGACGUGUUCCCGGUCUAUUACAAGAUGAGAUGGCCAGAAAGAAGAGUGUAUUAUCUUAUCAUUACUACUGUUGGUUAUUGGAAUUGACACUAUCUACAAAGAAUAUGCCAUCAUGGAAACGAUAUUUGUGUGAUAAACUUCUCUUGAAUUAUGCAUUCAAUAAUGUUAGAAGUAUAGUUAAAUACACUGGUGGAGGACGCUUUUUAACAGAAUUCGGUCGGUGUCUUCCUGAUGGCAAUCCAGAUUCAAUAAAUACGGUUGAAUGUAACGCUGUGAUGAAUGCAGCCGACAGGAACUUCGAAUCCUGGACUUAUUGGGACGAAUAUGAAUUAUUUCCCGACUUAAAUAUAAGUAACUUUUUCUUGAAAUCAUUCAGUCGUACAUAUCCACAAUCAACUGCCGGUCAACCUGUCAAACUGAGAUUCGAUGUCGAUUCAGGUGUGUUUUAUUAUGCUUUUGUACCCACACAGAAGUAUUGUACAAACGUGGACGCAGCAUUGUUAGUUGCAGAGAUUUUUGUUCCAAUGUCGAUUCAUUAUCCAUAUGGAGUGAGAACUCGUUUUGUACCAGAACAAUUAUAUUAUAAAAUGUAUGAAAAUAAUACUAAUUUAAUGUUUGUCUAUGCACCAUGUACGUUGAUCAACACAAAUAUUGAACUUAUGGAAAUAACGAUCAUACCAAACCAAACACAAGAUAAGCAUUCAGACAACAAUUAUAGUCAUUUACCAACUUAUUCGAAAUCUGUAUCAAUAUUGUUAAUUGUGAACUCCUUGAUAUUUUCACAUCUUUCAACAUAUUUUGACUAAACUAAAGAAAUUUUACUUCAUAUAAUGUAUCAAAUUUACUUACAUUUUCACAAGUUACCUACUUGUACGUCAGAAAAUGUAAAAACAUGUAUAUAUUACAUGCAAAUUAAAAUUACAUGAAUUAAAAAUGAAUGCGCA